GUGGGAGGUGGAGUAAAGAACUUCCCAACCUUUGUUAAGUGACUGUUUCUCACUGAUUGUCCGGCGUAAUUGUCCAGUGCGACAAAAUGCUCCAACUGGGCUUUUUGACAGCAAGCGAAGCAAAGCACGCAUGUCAUGUCAACACUGCAGCCAUUUCAAGAUCAUGAUCCCUGCAAGCUAACGUCCUUCCACCUCGAUGAACCUGCUGUAGCCGACACCUCAGAAAACGUUAUAUCAAAGCUUUUCAACAAAGUUAUAAGCGUCGUUGGCCAAGAACAUAACGCUUUACAGCCACACGAGAAUAGCAACACAGUUUCACAACGGAACAGCGAAGAGCACGCUUCAGCUGAUCGAAGCCCUAUAUCUGUCAAAGCAAGUUCUAUUCACGGUUCCUUUCAUGGUUCUGUGUCACGACCUUAUGAUGAAACUUCGGUAACCGACACGGUGUACAGCGCUUCAACGUUGCCAGCAGACAUGUCCCGUCCUUCCCAGCUGAAAGCUACAGAUCUGCUAAAUUCCUUUUUAUCAGAGCGCAACUCCAAUGAAGACAGACCUACCAGUAUUCAUGCUCAUGAAAAGAUAGCGGAAUCGCCGCAUGAUGAAGCAAACGACUCUAACUCGAUGCCGUCUCAGGAUCACCCGGACGACGACCCCCACGAAAUCCAUGGCGAAGACAGUGAUAAAACACGGGGCCACUCAGAAGACGAUGAAGAGAACUCUCCAUCUAAAAAUAGAGCUUUGAAGUUUCUAGAGCCAUCUCCACUCACCACAAAACCUUUUCUGUUGGAACGAACUGCAUCCAAGGAUAGUGAUACUCAGUCAAUAGCAACAACGUUUUCUGUAUCCAACACAAAUUCACUCAGAAAUGUCAUUUCGAGGUUACGAGGCCAUAAAUCAGACAAAGAAUUUUGGAUGCCUGAUGAAAACUGCAAAGAGUGUUAUACGUGCGGAAAGUCCUUCACUUUCCUCCGACGAAAGCACCAUUGUCGGAUAUGUGGACAAAUUUUUUGUGCAAAGUGUGCAUCUCACAUUAUAUCCGGCAAACAAUUCAAGCAAAAGGGCGAAGUUCGAGUCUGUAAAUUUUGCUUUGAAAACAUUGAUCACAAUAUUAUGGAAAGCAACUCUGCUGCUGCCCUAGGCACAUCACCAGCUGACACGGCUAUCUUUGAUGAUUUUUCGCCAGUUGUUCCUGAUCAAAAAGCACCAAUUGCCGCUCCCAAGUUGCAGAUAUCUACAACCGCAUUGAAGCGAUCACGCGAUAGCUAUGGUGCCCAGAACACUCCAACGGUGUCUGUAGAAUUUCAAAACGAAUUUGUUACUGAGAAACCAAUCUAUGAAGAGGAUUUUCCCAAAACCCCGGAUUUACUCAGUCCAAAUGAUAAGCCUUUAAUGCGUCAAACCCACCGCCUAUCAGAAUACGAUGAUCAUGAGCCUCGGCCAACUAGAACGGAAUCCUCGAGUUCUAUACGACCAAGGCUACGAAGUUCAACGAGUGGUUCUUUUGGUUCUGGUGAUGAGAAUACACAGUCUUUCAUGUCUCAAAAGUCAUCCUUUCCUUUCAGAUCUGAGUUAGGCUCUCCAGCUUUGGAAGCCGUACCUAAUAGAGCGAGUUCAGAAUUCGGAGGCAGUCCGCUCAUUGACAAGUACGAAGAUGAAAAUGAAGAUGGUGGUGUUGCUUGGAAUUACAUGAGGAACUUAUCAGCUGUUGAACUCCCGCCCAAUGCGUAUGCUGCAUAUAAGCUACUUGAGCCUGGAUCUCCUUCCGUAGAAAAAGACGUCAAGGGAAAUGAAGGAAGUGUGACGGAACGGCCCUUUUACAAGUAUUCAGAUGUCGGCACAAAGUCAAAACACAAGAUGAACAGAAGAUUGAACUACAAAGCAGAUGAAAGAAAAUCUGCUCAAGGCAAAGGAAGUCCCAUCUGGCGUAACAUGAAGAACAUGAAGGUCAACACUCAUAAUUUGACCAUUCCAGUUAACGACCUAUCCCCCUCAGAUGAUCCAGCUCCAUCUGAAGACCAAUUCAUGUUAUUCAGUCCAUUUCAUCGCUCUGAACAACCGAAUUGGCCGAGCCCAGACCUUUUGUUAAACAAUUCCCGACCACCAUCUCAAUCUGCGACAAGCACUCCAAAUUCUAUUCAAAUGCACAGCGAACUUAGUAUUGCAUCUUUAGAUCACUUGAGAAAGCUACUUCAUACAUCACUGGCUGACUUAAAGUACAUGCAAGACAACCCUACAUUACUCUCAAAGUACGAGAACACGCUGUUUGACCUUGUACUAGAAAUGGUGGUUAGCAUAAAGCCGGAUGUGCGCGGCGGUGACGAUAUGGACCUUCGACAUUACCUCAAGAUCAAGAAAAUACCUGGUGCGAAACCUAGUGAUAGUCAUUAUGUGAAAGGAGUGGUAUGCUCUAAAAACGUAGCGCACAAGCAGAUGAUUCGCAACAUUGACGAUCCACGGAUUUUGAUCUUACUCUUCCCAGUCGAGUACUCUCGCGUAGGCAACCAGCUGCUAUCAAUUGAGCCAGUUUUAUCACAAGAGAAGGAGCAUCUCAAAAAGCUCGUGGCUCGUAUCAUCGCCCUCAAGCCUUCUAUCGUGUUGACCAAAUACAAUGUUUCUCGUUUAGCUAUGGAAUAUCUGCUGGCAGAAAAUAUCAUUGUUGUCCAUAACAUGAAGAAAAGUGUUUUGCAAGCCAUUGCAAGAUGUACUGGAGCGAGUUUGAUCCCUUCCAUCGACAAGUUUACAUCCGGAGACAUUUCUUUGGGCCACUGCGGACGAUUUGAAAUUAAGACAUUGGUGCACGAAAUGAUACCGAAUCGAAAAAAGACCUACCUUUUGUUUGACCAAUGUUUUGCUGAACUUGGAGGUACUAUUGUGCUUCGCGGUGCAGAUCAACUGACCCUUAGUUCUAUCAAGCGGAUUGUGGACUUCAUGUGCUACGUAGCUAAUUCAUUGAAGCUGGAGACUUUUCUACUUCGCGACUCUUUUGCCAAGAGUAAAAUUCGUGCAGAUCCAGGAAAUAUGGGUUCAAACACAGAAAUCACUAGACUGCGUCGCGCCUCUGAUUCACUGUUGUCGCUGCCUUCUCUCUUGGUCAGUGAAGCAGAAACUGCAAGCCAAACGCCUCCGAUCAUUGCUCUAGACGAUACACCACCUAGCAUCAACCAAACCAUUAAUGGCCUUGGAAUAACAGAGGUGGAGGAGAGACACAGAAGCAUCGACGGAUCGAUCGAAAUAUAUAGAGAGGCACUGGUGUCCAUAUCCCCUUUUGUUGUCAUUCCACCUCCAUACCUAUUGACCAAGAUCAAAGAAGUCGAAGUGAAGAUAUUGGAGAUGGAACAUUUAAUGGCUCAGGAAGAAGCAAAGCAAGACCAUGUACUGACACCUGGUAGUACUACUCCUGUCUGUGCGACGUUUGAUCAAAAGCAAGAAUUGAACCCCAUAAGUCAAGCCAUCGUCCAUGUUGAUUUUGGCACGUCCCCACUUAAAGAUGAGCUUGACCUGCUGCUGGAUCAGCGUCAUCAACUGACACGCGCUUGGUAUGCAUCUAUGCCAGACAUGUUUUCACAUAUGACUGCCUACCAUCACCAGCACUUGGUUGUCCUUUAUUUUAACGUCUGUACAGCCACCACAGUACCUUGUCAUGGACCAGAACCCCUGUUCUUCCAAUAUUACAACCAAAACUCGGAUAUAACAUUGGGUCACUAUUUGGAGGAUUUAUGCGGUAACUCGCAAAGGAUAUGUAGCUCAAGUAUGUGUGAGCGAUCGGAAAUGCUUCACUACCGAUCCUAUGUUCACGGCCAAGCUCGUAUCAAUGUCAUGAUAGAGAAGUUUGAAUGUCCACAACCAGGGAUGAAUGAUAUAAUUCUCAUGUGGAGCUAUUGUCAACGAUGCAACAACCCUACGCCUGUUGUGCCAAUGUCACAAAACACUUGGAAUUAUUCUUUCGGAAAGUUUUUGGAGCUCUCCCUGUAUCAAGCCGACGUCCAGUGUCGCGCAGAUAUUUGCCCUCACGACAUUGCUAGGGACCAUGUAAGAUAUUUUGGGUUCAAAGACUUGGCCGUCCGAUUUCAAUAUGAUGAAAUCGACCUACUAGAGGUUGCAGCACCACCCAUGAAGCUUGUGAUGUUCACCAAGGUUCACUCGAACUUGCGAGAAGAUCAAUACCAAACAUAUCGUACGAAAAUAGUGGCAUUUUACCAGUCCAUUAUUGAGAGAAACAAGCAUUUUAGCAUGGACAUUUUGGAUCCCAUCAAAGUGGAUGCUGCCAAGAAAGAACUGUCAGAAAUGUCGGAAAAUGCUGCAGCAGAAAAGAAGGCCAUGCUUCAAGCAUUACAAUCGGUUUAUGCAACAACUUAUUCUACAGAUAUCCUCAGCUUAAACCAAAUUGUUUUUCAUUUGUUCAGAAGCGCUUCUGCUUGGGAUCAAGCAUACUCUUUUCUUUUACGGAAGUACCUACCUCAGGACACAGAUAUUGGGAAGAUUGCUAGCUCUGGCUUGAGGAAACUUUUACCUAGCGACAAGGUGAUUGACAUUGAUGCCCGAGCUGAACGGGCCAUAGACACCGGUGAUCUACCUGUUCUAGAUGUUGGGCUGGAUAGUUUGCCAUUGAGUAUUGCAUCCGACGCUCACUUUACUUAUACGAAUGAAGACAAUCAUAUCAACGUCAUACCAGCACUUGGUACUUCUCCACCUGAACAACAAGUGAGUGACAGUCAGGAUAAUAUCGUACUUCCAUCACGACUAGCGCGCAGGUUAUCCAUUGAGUUCAUUCGAACUGAAAACGAGAGAGCAGUGGCGGAGGAAAAACAGUCAAAGAUGAUCGAGUCGUCGUUGCCGCUCAUUGAUCCAAUGCCUUCUAGUAUUAUGGCACGACGACAAGCCAAAGGAAUGCCAAAACGGCCGGCCCAGCUGACCGACUGGAAAAGCAGGCCCUCCUCUAUACCAAGCUUUUUGACACUUACAGAGCAUGGGAUUGGAAGCUCGAUUCGAAGAAAGGAACAUCCGAUUUUCUCAGUUUUACAGGAUUCUUCCAUCCUAGUCAAUACUCCACCGGACGUCAAUUCACCAGGUCAAAUGGCCAGCAACCAUCAGGCUACUGGUGAAGUGAUGAAGCAAUAUCGGGAAAUCGGCCACCGAAGCGAUGGCAUAUCUAGGCCACCUUAUUCAUAUUUGCCACGGUAUGCAGAUCAACUCAAUAAAGGCUCCAUACGAGAUAUGACGAAAGUAACUGCAAGCAGACGUAAAUGGGGGCCUAAACUGGAGCGUUCUCGAACAUCCAUUCAAGUCUACGAUACGGCCAACGACCUCGUACAAGAAGACGUUGAACAAGAAUUUGGUGAAGACCCGGUUAACUGUAAUUCAUUUGGAAAUUCUGGCGAUGGUGCCACCGUCUCACCCAGAUUGGGUAAGAUUGACCCUUUGCUUUCCAAUCGUCUUUUAGCAGCAUCUCAAUAUCGCCAGGUGGAACCAAGGACAGAUUAUUUUGACAACGCUAGGAUCCGUGAUGGCGAUAGAGUUGUCAAGACGCCAGACUCACCAAAUAGCAUCACCAACUUUUCUCUAGACUCUGCUUCAACUGAUCAGCAACUUGGCAAUCAUAGCGACCACCAGGCUCCAUUAUCAUCAUCUCCCACUCUCGCACCCCCAAAAGAGAAUAGCAACAGCGAUGUUCCCCUCUUGGCUCUCACUUCUAGUGGGUCCAGCUCGCCUAGUUUGCUGAAGCAGCAACAAAUCUCAUCCUUACUCGAUGAUCAUCCGGCGGCCGGUGGAUCGGAUCAAACCACGUUCAUGAGGGCUUUAUCAAGCGCUCUUGCUGAAAUUACCUUUUCAAAGUUACCGCCACUGGAAUACCCUUUUACACAAACAGACCAUAUUUUUCCGGAUUCUCUGGUGAUUGUCAAGGAAGAUGUCCCAAGUACUAUCAUUGCAUACACCCUGAGUUGUGAGGAUUAUCUGGAGAAGUUACACACCAUCCAUGAAAGUCAUGAUGAGCAAAGUCAGGCGAGCAACGUACCCGAUUCUUUACAACAGCAAGCAGCAGACGGCUUAGAGUUAGCUCCCACCCAAGAAAAUACAUACGCCUCAUCGCAUGCAUCUGGCAUGGAGAAAACCUUGUUAAGCGACACUGGCACCCAUAUGCGAUACCAAUUUUCAGAUGGCUCAACCCGCUUUUUUUGCAAGGUGUUCUUUUCAGAACAAUUUGAGGCUCUUCGACAAAACUGUGGCUUCAGUGAAAAGUACAUCACCUCAUUAGCUAGUAGCGUUGAAUGGGACUCCUCGGGGGGCAAAUCAGGCUCGGCAUUUCUAAAAACGACGGAUGAUCGGUUCUUGAUAAAACAAAUGUCACGAUACGAAAUGGAUGCGUUCCUUCGGUUUGCUCCGGCGUACUUCCAAUAUAUGUCCAGGGCGUUCUUUCACGAGCUACCCACUGUAUUAGCCAAGAUCUUUGGUUUCUACAGUAUUGGGUUCAAAAAUGCCGCCACUGGCAAGUCAAUGCGGAUGGAUGUCCUGAUCAUGGAAAAUUUGUUCUAUCAGCGCAACGUUAAAAAGAUUUUUGAUCUGAAAGGAUCCAUGCGCAAUCGGCAUGUGCAGUCUACUGGCAAAGAUAACGAAGUUCUUCUGGAUGAAAACUUGGUUGAAUUCAUCUAUCAAUCACCCCUUUUUAUCCGGUCACACGCCAAGGAAACGCUUCGAGCAUCUCUACAUAACGAUACGCUGUUUCUCUAUAAACUAGACGUCAUGGACUACUCUCUGCUAGUGGGCAUUGAUGAGGAGCAGCAGGAGUUGGUGGUGGGCAUCGUAGAUUUUAUGAGAACUUUUACUUGGGACAAAAAGUUGGAAAGCUGGGUGAAAGAAUCAGGUAUUUUGGGUGGCGGAGGUAAGGAACCGACGAUCGUUUCGCCCAAGACCUACCGCAUACGGUUUCGAGAGGCCAUGGAACGCUAUUUCCUCAUGGUACCUGAUUUUUGGGCAUCCGUGGAACAUAGUACAAUCGGCCAACAACAUCACCAUCAAUAGAAUCUUGGGCUGUAAUAUAGCAUAAGGCACCGAACUGUACAUAUCGAUGUUUGUAUGUAUGUGUGUAUUUUUUUUUUUUUUUUGUUUUCGUACAG